GUUAUCCGGAGACCGUGGUGCAGUAAGUAAAGGAAAACUGUUUCGUGAAGUGUAAUGAUGCCAUCUAGCGUUCCAUAAAUCACUAAGAGUUCAUCGUAUGGCACGGAUAAGAAUGAUAGUGACAAAUAGAUAGGCAGUGCUUUGGAAAUAACCCCCACCAUGGGAAGCAGUGGUUAACUGGAGUAUUUUUUAGUGGUCAGUUUUAAGACUAGUUCAACUUAUCCAUCCAAAUGGCCAGGACUUCCAGCAGCUGAUAGAGCCUUGCCAGACAAUGCAAAGUGUUCCUAAGGGCCAUGACAAACAGAUAAUAGAAAUAAGGGUGUUGGGAAAGACUAGAACGAGGGUUGCUGUGUCAGCACCUUGAUAGUGUUUUGUCGAGCAGAAGAGGACCUUAACUUAAGAACCAUGUUGGUGGGCAUGUUGACCCCAGUCGUCCUGGUGGUGCGGUAUGGCCUCACAGGCGCCUUGGCUGUUGGGGUGGGCAGCCUCAGUUGGCUUGUUUGGUGCGCCCUGCAGUGCGCCCUUGCCCCAGCGCAUGCGUUUGUCCUCUUGUCGUCCUAUCCUGCCUUCACCCGCCAGUUUGAAGUGGGAACCUUGUAUAUCUAUGACUAUGAAACCUCCGUGUUGCUCAAUGAACCUCAAGCAGUCCCUGCAUCAUCAGCCAAAGAUGUUGGAUUUCGGAUAGAAAUGAGAGCCGAGAUCACUCCCGUGUGGCAGCAUCCUAGUAAUAACCAUGAGCAGAUCCUUCAGUUGACAGUAGCAUCCCCAAAAUUGUCUGUGAAAUCACGCCAAGGACCUACACCAGAAGGUUUUGUGCAAAAGCAGUCUAGAUUAGACAGUUACAAGCUUCACCCGCUCUAUCUUCAUUGGGAUGAUGGACAGAUUGGAAAAGUUUAUCAUAUUGAUGGCGAGGAAUUGUCGGUGCUUAAUGUCAUGAAGGGCAUUUCUAGUUUGUUUCAGCAUCAAGUGAAAAAUGCCAAGCAAACUGAAGUGGAUGCUUCUGGAAAAUGUGAGGUAACUUACAAACUCAUAGAUUCUACUCGUGUGACAAAGAUGAAGAAGAAUUGUAAAACAGUUGCCCCGGUCAUAUACUUCAACCACACAAGUAAGGUCCUUGGUGCCCAGAUAGACAGCCAGGCAACAACAACCUUCAUAUUGAACCCAGAUGAUAAAAUCCUGCAGAAAGCUACAGCAAUGGAAACUCAUUUCUUGCGGGCAGAGAUACGUAAGAAAUCAGGCGCUGAAGUCCUAAGCAAUCAGGUUCUCAAUCUUAAAAGUCGUGAUAAGGUCAGCACUCCACGUUACACAGGGAAGAAUGAAGCUGAAGCAAUUGCUUCCAUAUCUCAAAAGUUGAAGAAAAGUCUGGUUACUGAUCAUCUUGCAACAAAUCCAGAUGCCAAGGAAUGCAUUGCUUGCAAGACUUUGAAGGAUUUGGUCAACAAUUUUCGUAGCACCUUGGCCCCCAAGAAUCUGGGCACUCAAGGUUCGGCAAUUGCUUUCCUACGACUGCUGAAAAAGGUGCGGGAGAGUGACGUGGACACUUUGAAGGCUGUGCUGAAAGAUAAGAAAAAUGCCAAGAUAUUGCCUCAGCUCUUGGAUAUAGCAGCUGCUGCACAAACAUUACCAGCGCACAAAGCUGCUAUGUCAUUGGUCAAGUUUAACGGACCAAUAGAUAAUGCUGAACGCUAUCUUCUAGCUGUGUCCUUAGUUACUCAUCCACCAGAAUUCAUCAUUAAAGAUAUUCUGUCUCUUGUGAAGAAAGGCAACAAUAAUGACAAACUGUUUGAGACUAUGGUGCUCACGUUGUCGUCAUUGAGCCAUACUUUCUGCAAGAGUGCUUCCAACUGCAAAAAACCAAUAAUAUCAGAAGUGCGGAAGUUGAUUUUGGAUAACCUUGGUGCCUGCAGCACCGAGUCAUGCAAACUAAUAUAUAUCCGUGCUCUUAAAAACCUACGAAUGGCAAAUACAUUAGAUGUGCUUCUAGAUCAUGCUGCUGGGAAGGAGCAGAAGCCAGCAAUUUAUGCCAUGAGAGCUUUGCAAACAAUGCCCGAAAACUUCAUAACAGAGACGGUGCUCAAGAGACUAGAGAGGGUCUUUUUGCAGCUUGACCACCAGCAUGAUUCCAGCGUCAGGAUAAUGGCAGCAGACAUUCUCCUGCAUCAUCAUCCUAGUGAUCAGCUUCUUGAAGAUAUGCUGAGGAGCAUGUCCUUCCAGACUACCAAAGAACUUAAUACUGUGUUGUUAGGCAGAAUAAAGGAUGUAGCCAGUAGAAAUCCUCAUAUUGAACAAUUGCUCAAGAAAGCCUUGAAAGUUUCAGAGUUUAACAAUUACCACAUACUAGCUCAGGGUGGUUUGUCAUCCGCAUUUUCUAGAUCACUAGCAGAAAGUGGGCAUGCCAAUUCUUCAUUUAGUAAUAUCUUGGAGAUUAGUGGAGGCCUGCUUAAGAGGUCAACAGUGGAUGUUUUUGUUGAUGGUCAGGACUCCAGAAUGAGGUUGCUGUCAAUUGGUAUUUUUGCUGGUGGGUUGUCCAUGUUUGGAGGAGAUGAUACAGUUGAUGAUGGAGAGGAAGCUAAUGCUGGUAUUGAACUUGCACUUUUAGACACUCAGCUUCGUCCUUUUGUCUUCUUUACUGGACAAGGGGAAUUGAUGGGUCAUGUUUGGUCAGGAACAGGGUCUGAAAGAACUACAGCACUUCAAGGUUCCUUGCUUCUCCAAGAUCAUAGUCAAAUUGUACCAUUACAAAAUGGUAUGAAUGCUGAAUUGCUGCUGAAUGGAGCUAUAUCGUACGACUUCUCAGGGCAGGUGCAAAUUUCCUUAUGGAAUCGCAAUGCUCACAGUCUUGUAGAAGUUGGUGCUGCCAUGGUAAUGCAAGGUGUUGCCCGUGUGGACAAUUCAUUUGUGCAGUCAUUGAUAGAAUUUAACACGGGAGGACAAGCUCAACUCAACUUCAUCACAGACCUUGAUUUUUAUGACGAGAUAAUGAUGUGCCUAAAGAUGGUGCAGCCAGACAUGAAUGUUGUUACUAGCGUCCGUAAGUUGGAACGCCUUCCAGGCACAAAUUACGUCUUGCGAAAGUAUAAGAGAAAAACAUCGCCAGUACCAGGAAAAACAUAUGUUAUGAAUAAGAAAAAUACAGAAUUAUGUACUAAAAUGUUUAAGAAAUAAUAAUAAUUUGUUGAUAGGUUUUUAAUAUUUAAAAAGUUUUUAUGUAAAGAUAGUCUUUGUGUACAGAAAUACUUUUAGAAGCUUAUUGAGGAGUAAAUUAUGAGAAACAAUUGACAUUUUAUGUAUAUAAUGGUAUGCUUUCUUGUCAAAUGUGCUUUGUGUACCAGUGUCUUAGGAAUUUUACUUUGAAGAUUAUCAUUCACUAUUUCUUUUAGAUUGGUCUCAGAAUAUACCAGCCUUUAUAGAUCAAAUAAGUGAGAGAGCAGACAAUAUAACAGUAUUUAAUUAUUCCAGGACUUGGAAUAUCUAGGGGAGGGGGUAAAAGGUAAAUUAAUGCCUCAUUUUGUUUCUUUUUAUUUAUUUACUUUUGCUGCUUACAUUCCAUAAUAACAGUUGUAAUGAUGUAUAUUUAUGGACUUUUAAGAAAUGCCAGUAGUCUCUCUUGUCCAAGCUUGUGAAGAUUUGAAUUUGGGCUGUUGAAGUUUGUCUAGAAUUUGUCUGCUCUGACUUUCAAUGUUAACUAUUUUUACCUAAGUUUUUAUUCAUUCAGACUGAAUGUUGGUAUGGUGUAGUUUUUCUUUGUAUCUGCAGUAUAAUAAAAUGUAAUGUGGGUAUUUAGAGAAUGUUACCAAGGUUUUACUUAGUAUUUUUUCUGAAUUUUGAAGUUUUUUUGGAUUUUGAAGUUUUUUUCUAGAUUUUGAAGGUGUAGUAAAACUAAAUUUUCAUUUUCAUGGUAGUUUUAUCAGCAAAAGUUUUGAUAUAACUGUACUAGGUGGAUUUCUUUAUAAUUGAUUCAUUAAUUUGUAACCAUUGUUAUUUUUUUCCAUUAAGUUUAUUAGCAAAGGGACAAGAAAAUUCUGAUUUGUCAUAUACCAAACAAUUUAUAAAAUAACUUUAGAGCCAAAUAAGAUAGAAAAUGAGAUUUAUAGUGUUGCAAAUAGUUUUCCCAUUUUGAAGCACCUUGACAUUGACAACAGUAGCCGUAUGUUUAUUCAUUUUCCAUAGCAUAUGUUGCAUGCUACGUUUUCAUUGAACUGGCAUGGUCAAAGAAAUGCUUAAAAAAAAAUCCAUUGUAGGAUGUUAUAUGUUUUGUGAGGAGCAGGAAUACUGUACUCCUGAUAACUACAACACUGCAAACACCAUUAGUUCUAGUUCUGUACUUUGUAUUUUGCAUACCUUGUUUACCAAGUACCCCCUUCAAGGAAGCAUAAAACUAAUGUCAUGCCAAUGUAUUUUGAAUAUUCUCAUCUCUCUUAAUUACUUCAGAAGAAGUCUAUCUACACUCAGAUAGAUUUCAAUGAUGUUCUCCAGAUACAAUGAAAAGUUUUAGGUGUUGUGAAGCUGCUCUAUAUAUUCAAUUUUUAAGACUGGGUUCUUUUUAAGUUGCGAUUGUUGAAAGGCGUUAAUUUAUAAAAUGUCUUUGUAAAGUGGCAUUUGAAAGCCGUCUCAAGUUUGUAAUUAUAUGGAGUGAGUUGUUUUAUUCAAUUAAAUUCCAUGCAUAUGAAAAUAUUGCCCUGCUAUAUCUUAGGUUAUGGAAUGUUUAACAUGAGACAAGUUCUCCAGUUUGAAAAAUUUGCAACUUAAAUGGUUGUUAUUGACUUUUGAAGUUGAGGGCAUUUUAUUAGUUGUACUGUAUAUUUAAGCGUUUUAGGCAUUAUUAAGGAGAGAUUUAUAGGAAGUUUUACAAGGCUGUGUUUUAAGAGGAUUGCUAGAAUAGACAGAAACGUUUAAAGUUGUUUCUAUAUAGCCAGUGAACUGUGAUAUUUAUUGUUAAAAUAUUUCCUCUUAAGAGGCUCUUCAAAGCAGAAGUGUAUCUUUCCUUUUUGAGGAUCUUCCAACUGGUUGGUAAGAAUUCCAUCUCAGGGACCAACUCUUACUCGUGUUAAUAUUCCUUGGACCGAAAAGAAUGGGACCAUUCAACACUGGAAUGUGUGAUUUGUGUCUGUUGUGCCGUGUCUGUUCUGCAAUGUGUGGUUUUUGAAAACAAAUUAACAAAGUGAACUCUCCUUCAGAUACCUACCUUUAUAUUCUCUCUAGUUUUCUUGAGUGUGAACCAGUUCAAGAAGCUGAAUGUAGAGUUUGUGAGAUACUAAUAUUUUUAUAAUUUUUUAUCAUUACAUCUUUGCUACAACAAAUUUAAGUGCUAUUGUAUUUCUAGGAUUCAUGGGAUUGUUUAUUAAAAGUGUGUUUUAAGUGUUCUUAUCAAACCUUAACAAGCACUUGCUCAUAUUAUUGAUAUAAAGAACCUCUUGUGCCAACCACUGACUCUCUAUAAGUGAAUAUAUAUUUUAGAAUUUAUGGAAACUAAUGGAAAAGAUUUGAAACCGACAGAUUUAAAAAAAGGAACUUGUACAUUAUAUGUAUUUUGUGGUGCAGUUGCCAGGAAUAAAUGUUGUCUUGGUCAUUCUGAAUUUUGUUGUUUUUAAAUAAAGCAAUUAAAUGUU